AUGUACAUCUUCCUGGCUGUGCUAGCAGCCACCGACAUAGGACUCUGUGCAGCCAUUGCUCCCAAGAUGUUUGCCAUCUUCUGGUUCCAGUCUUGUUCUAUGGCUUUUGAUGCUUGCCUAGCCCAGCUGUUCUUUAUCCACACUUUGCAGUGCAUAGAGUCUGGCAUUCUGUUAGCAAUGGCCUUUGACCGCUACAUUGCCAUCUGUGAUCCUCUGAGACACACAUCCAUCCUCACACCUUCCAUCCUGGGGUGUAUGAUGGGAGUGGUGGUGAUCCGAGCUGUCCUGCUGGUUGGUCUGCUUCCCAUUCUCAUCAAAAGGCUGCAUGUGUUUCACUCUGUGCACAUCGCCCACUGCUACUGUGAGCACAUGGCUGUGGUCAAGCUGGCUGCAGAAGACGUCCGAGUCAACAAGAUAUGCGGUCUUUUCGUGGGAUUCAGCAUUCUGGGAUUUGACAUGAUUUUUAUCCUCAUAUCUUAUGCCCUGAUUUUUCAGGCUGUUUUUCGUCUCCACCAGAAGGAAGCAAGGCUCAAAGCAUUUAACACGUGCACAGCUCAUAUUUUUGUUUUUCUUGAAUUUUACAUUCUUGCCUUCUUUUCCUUCUUUAGUCAUCGUUUUGGACAUGUUGUUCCUUCAAUGCACAUUCUUCUGUCUACCAUCUACCUCUUGCUGCCACCUGCUCUCAACCCUAUUGUCUAUGGGGUAAAAAAUAUGGUAAUUCGUAAGCUGUGUGGCUCAGAUUUUUCUUCUGAAUGUGGAUCCCACCAGUGA